AUGAGUAGUGCCAUUGAAAUGGUAGGCAACUUUCAGGGUAAAAUGUCUAUGGGCGGCGGCGGCUCAUCGAAAGAGCCAGUGUGCAAGAUAUCCAUGUUAUGGAACUGGUAUACCAUAGACACUUGCUUUAUCGCCCAAUCUUGGAGAAACGAUACAAAGGGCAAGUUUGCCGGCUCCUGUAUUGGUUGUUUUGCACUUGUUGUUAUCGCACAGUGGCUUAACAGGAUUUCCAGACAGUUUGAUAUAGAGUUGGUUAAGAGACAUAAGAUGAGAUAUCUAGCACGCUACAUGGCUUCGAAUAAUGUUCACGACGAGUCGUCUUCAGAACUUUCUCAGCAGGAGUUGGAAUUGAUAGGUAGCGAGCCAGCAUGGAAAGCUACCCUUAUCGCUUUGAAGAUUACCUUAUCCCACACCUGGUAUUUUAAUUUUUUGGGAAGAAACGGUGAUUCGUUUGAAGAUCCUGUUGAGAAGGCACUCUCCUGCUGUUCUACGGUUCCAGCGCUAGAAAUCUACCCCACCUUCUUUGAGCACUUCUUGAGAGCUUGGAUUUUUGUUCUACAAUGGGGUCUUUCCUAUAUCAUCAUGUUGUUGUUCAUGUACUACAACGGCUAUAUCAUUAUCAGUUGCCUCAUCGGAGCGCUAUUUGGUCGUUUCUUGUUCAAUUACGAGCCCUUGGGAACCUGCGGUAGCGGUUCACCUUUCUCGAAGACAGUAGUCGCUCACGAUAAGGAGGAGAACGACAGAAAGUGCUGCAUUUAG